AACUGCUGGCAGAAAAAACGUGUCGUGCUGAAAAUGACAUUUUUAUCAAUAUCGAAAAAUUGUCUGAUUUCAUUUCGAAAAUAUGCAAGUGUAUAGAACGGUUUAAUUGUAUUUUAACAGGUGUUUUUAUUAGCUCAAUACAUUUGUAAUUUAGCUGUGUCACACCUAAGAAAUAAUUUCUGGAAAUAUUAGAAAGCGUACUUAGACAACAAUCUACUGUGAAAACGACAUCGAAUAACGAAAAGUAACAUAAGACGUCUUGAGAUUAAUGACAACGUGUAAUUUCCACUAUCGCUUUUCAUCGACCCACAAUACCAUUGUUAGUUGACAAUAAAAAUAUUGGGAAAAAGUUUGUGGUGUUGCCGCGCCGGAAGUUACUUAUGUUGCAAUUUUUAAUGACACCUGUUACUCAAAUAGCAAUCUUCAAACGCAUGCGUCAAAUAUUCUGAGAAAUCAACCAGUGACUUUUACAAAAGUGUGACAGAACAUCAAAACAUGGCUGAUGCUAACAAAAAGUCAACAAACUUUCUUAGGCAAUUUAGAGAUUUGAAAACUAGGGAAUUUAAACAAAUCACUGCCGCACAGUUUAUGGAUGUUUGGAACCAUUAUGAUGAUGACGGAAAUGGUUAUAUAGAAGGGAAAGAACUUGAUGGGUUCCUUGUAGAACUUGUAACAAGUAUUAACAAGGAAGAUGUCGGUCCUGAGGUCUUAUCACCAACUGCCUUAGAAGAUGCAAAACAAUUAGUACUCAAUGCCUUUGAUGAAAAUUCUGAUGGGAGAAUAGAUAUCGCUGAGUUGGCUCAGAUUUUACCUACAGAAGAAACAUUCUUGUUGCUGUUUAGAAGAGACAAUCCACUAGAGUCAAGUGUUGAAUUUAUGAAGGUGUGGAAGGAGUAUGAUAAAGACAGGAGUGGAUAUAUAGAAGCUGACGAGUUGAAGACUUUUCUGUAUGAUCUUCUGAAAAGAUGUAAACGACAAGGUGACGUCACAGAAGAACAAAUGAUAACAUAUACAGAUACUGUGCUUCAACUUUUUGACAGAAAUAAAGACGGCAAAUUGCAGCUUAGCGAAAUGGCGAAAUUACUGCCAGUAAAAGAAAAUUUCCUUUGUCGUCCAGUUUUUAAGAAAAUUCUGUGUAAACUUGUGAACAAAAAGCCAUUACGUCCCAAUAAAACUAACGCCAAUAGAUUAACGACAGAUGAUAUAGAUCGUGUGUUUUCUUUAUAUGAUCGUGAUAAUAAUGGAAACAUUGAAGAUGAAGAACUGUGUGGGUUCUUGAAGGAUCUUAUGGAAUUAGUAGAAGAAGAUUAUGACGAAGAGGAUCUACUUGAAUGCAAAGAGAUACUGCUGGAAAAAUGUGAUUUGAAUCACGAUGGUAAGAUCAACAAAAAAGAAUUGGCAAUGGUUCUUAUGUCAUAUAACCGGAUCUCAACUUCUGAUGAACCGGAUCUCAAUGAAGAGUCGGGAUAAAGAUAUUUUUUUGUUUUAAUAUGUUUGCUUAUUGUUCUUUUUUUCAUUUUUAAAAAUAUUUUAUUAUUGUGAAAUUUGUUCAGGUUGGCAAGGUGAAUUUGAAAAUUUAAACCCUAGUUUGUAAUUCAUUUUGAUAAGAAGAAGAAAUAUAAAAAAAACAUUUUACUUGAAAUGCUGUAUGAAGUAUCGUUUGUUCAGGUUAUAUAUUUCAUAAAAGAUUAAAGAGAAUCAAUUAACCCUUGAUAAUAUUCCUCAUAAUGAUAAUAAUUCUCUAUUUUUCCAAUGAACAUUGUUGGAUUUAAUCCAAUUCAAAAGAAAAAUAAACCAGCUAUUGAAGUAUGUAUUUCACAAUUGCUUUUAAGAUUGAUUGGAAUGACAUUAUGUUUAAUCAUCUGCAUAAUGAAUACUGUAUUCAUGUAUCUUUGUAUGUUUAUAACAAUAUUCAUAUCAACAUCAUAAAAAUACAUAGAGGCUGGCCCUUGCUUAUGUAAUUAUUGGAUGCAUUACUUCAUCACUAACAAUUAUUGAAUGAUUGGAACAUGACGGUGUAUAUCAGGAAACAACAUUAUCUUCUUUGUUUUACAUUUAUAGGAUAUUGAUUGGUAACUUAUAACUUAUAAUCAAAAUUGAUAUCUGUAGAUUUAUAAGUUUGGUGUGAUAUAUUAAUUAUUGGUGUUUUAUUUAAGGUUACAUAGUUUGCGUAUACAUAGAUGUGCGUAUAAACGCCAUUUUCCCCCGUAAACUCAACAUUCAAAAUCGUUCAUCUGGAUAGUAUGCACUAUUCCCUAAUGAAUUGAAAAGCUAUUUUUUUCUUUUAUUGGUAGUAUAUUUAGCUGCAUUUUUGAAUUUUUGGAGAUUUAUUCUCAUAGUAGAUUAAUACUAUGUAAGAAAAGUAAGGAAAGUAGAAAAAAACAUGUUGUUGUUCGGGCAUCAACAGUGAUUCAAGAGAAAUAACUCUUAAUUUCCAAAUUAGCAUUCAAGAUUACAUUUAUUUAUAAUGAUAUUACAAAACGUGUUGUAAUAUGUUGUUAGAUUUUAAAUUUUGAUAUUGAAUUUGUGCUCGCUUGUAAUUUACGUACACCUGUAAAAUCAAUGCACUUUUAUUCAACGAAUGAAAAACGGUGCAGAUUUGUAAGGAUUUUUUUCGAGAUAUGUUGUCACAUGUUUAAUGAUGCUCAUGAAAAUAAAUUUUUUUGCAAGCUAUCAAAA